CUUAAGUUUAUCUCACAAAAAUAGAGCAACAGGCAAUCCAUUUAAAAACAUAGUUUGCACUAAAACCAAACAAAAUACUUACGUUAUUGACUCUUUCAUUUCAUCAAAUUACAUAAACAUUGUGUGUGUAGUGUAGUAUUAAUAAAUAGAGUAAGCAAGAACUGUGAACUAGCCAAAUGGUCAGACGAGGAUAAAGGAAAACUCCUAUAUACAUUACUUGUUUUACUCGUGUACAAAGACCAUUGCGAUUGAUAUAAUGGUAAAUAGAGCAAUUUUUAGCGGCGUCUUAACAGGAUGUCUCCUUAUGACACUGACUGCACUUUCCCAAUUGUCCAUUAUGUUUGAAAUUCGCUACUAUAGAGAUGACAUUAUGACAAUGGAGGUGAUAAGUUGGUUGCACGUAACAUUACGAAUUGGAACUAUUAUAGGAUCAGUUAUUUUUUCCUUGUUGGCAGAAAUAGUAGGAAGAAAAUAUACUCUGACUGCAUUAUGCAUACCAUUUUUAUUGUCAUUUUUUAUGUGUGUGUUAAGGAUACACUAUGCAGUCUUAUUUAUUUCUAAAUUUAUCGCUGGUUUAUCUACUGGUGGAGCUUAUGUUGUUGUACCUAUAUACAUUGGAGAAGUAGCAGAAAAGAGAUCACGAGGCACACUAAUCGCACUUAUGUAUCCAUCCAUUGCAACAGCUAAUGUCUUUGUUUUUGGCAUUUUAGAAAAAUUAGGUGGACAUGACUUAUCAUCUAUACUUAAUUAUAUCUCUGCGUCGUUAGCAAUUAUUGCGACAAUUUUAUCAGUCACCCUAGUAGAAGAAAGUCCAUUUUAUUAUUUAAGGAGAGGACGUGAGUUUGCUGCCAAAUCAAGUUUAGUAAAAUUAAGAAGUAAUGACUCAAAUCAUCAAACGGAGUUUAAAGAUAUUCAGUAUCAUGUUUAUCCUAAUAUGCCCUAUACUGUAGGAGUGAAAAUUCGUACUUUUGUAAAAUAUAGUUGGCUUAAACCUCUAUUAUUGAUUACUGGAAUCUUUGGUUUAACAUCAUUGUCUGGAAUAAGUUCCUUUACUUUUUUUGUGUCGUAUGUUGCAAGAUCUGAUGAAUGGACCAAUCUAAGUAUUUUAUAUAGUGCUGUCCAUUUAUUAGGAUCCUUUGUGAUACUGUUUAUUAUUGAUAAAUAUGGAAGGAAAUUACCAUUUUUGGUCUCUGUUGUAUUGAUGUCUAUCACAUUUAUAUUUAUGUAUAUUCUUGUACUGUUAGAAAGUUAUAGUAUCCGCAUAUCUCCAUACUUAUUACUUGUAUCAUCGUUAUUAUCAUAUUUAGCAGUAGAUAUUGGAGUUGGUCCAAUACCAUUUGUUUUAUUGGGAGAGCUUUUUCCAUUAAGAAACAAAAUGAUAUUUGCAGGCAUGUCGACGGCUCUUCAUUUCAUUUUGUUAUUAUUUUUAUCAGAACUAAUGUUAUGGAUCAAUUAUUCACGGCCUGGACUAUACAUUAACAUUAUAGUUUCAAUAGUUGUUGCUGUUUCAUUAGUUAUUUUAGUAAAAUAUUUUUAUCGUGAAACCAAAGGCAAAAGUUUGAAUGAAAUUCAAGUAGAGAUUAAUAAGAAUUCAACUCAAAGUAAUAACUUCCCAAUUUUAACAUAGUAAAACUUUCUCCACAUUUUAUAAAUAACCAAGUAUAGUCCAGAAAGCCACUGCGCAUCCGCUAGGAAAAUAUUCUAAUUCGGAUUUUUUGCACAAUCUUACUCAAAAAGGACCCCUUUUAACAAAUUUUCAUGUUGCCAGGACCAAAAGUUGGUCAAAAAUUUUUAAAACGUUUUUUUUUGUUUUUUUCCUAAAAUUUUUUAGGUUUUUUGGAUCAUUCCAAACAGAAAAGGUCUUUAGUGACUUUUCUCUAAAGUUGAUAGUUUUUGACAUACAGGGUGGGGCAUUAGUGUGACAAAGUCCAAUUACUCGUUUGUCGUAAGAGAUACGAAAAAAAAUUAUUUAGGUAAAAGUUGGGGCACACAUAGUACCAUAUUUAAAAAAUAUUUUCAAAUAUACAGGGGCGUCCGUAUUGACAGGGUGACACAAAAUUAUGUUUUUUUAAUGGAACACCCUGUAUAUUUUUACAUUUUUGAAUUCUCCUCGAUGUUUUCUUUCUUAGAAUAUAUGGUUUUUUAAUAUUAUACGAGGUAGUUUAAAAGGUAAUUACGUUUUUUGUUAAUUUCGUAGCAAAAUCUACACCCUGUAGAAUUGUAGUGAUUUGACAUCAAAUUUUCUAUUUAUAUUCAAACGAUUUUUAGUAUAGUCUACUACUGUUAAUCAUUAAUAGUAUAGCGAAAUGUUUAAUUUUAGUAUACAGGGUGGGUCGAAACUCGGAAUGAGUAUUUUCUGAGUUUUCUUAAAUGGAACACCCUGUAAUUUAGUAUUGUAAUGAAAUUAUAUUUUAUGGUACUUUUUUAUUUCCUAAGCAUUCCCUAUACCUAAGUGCUUUAAUUUGUAAGUUAUUCGUCAUUCUUUAAGAAAUCAUUAAUUGCAACAAAAAUUACGUAAAAUUUCAUUUAGUAGCCGUGAAAAUAUCCAAUCAAACGUAAUUUUUCAAAAAAAAAUACCUAAUAAUCUAGCCUGAUCCUUAAUUUAUUAAUACUGGAUGAGAUAUCCAAAUACAUUCGUAGAUAAGGUUAUUGGUGCUUAAAAUAUGAAUCAAACAUACAAAAUUCUGUCUAGUUGGCUAUGUCAAAAAAUUUGCUUAAACAUUUGACAUUAUAAUAUUUAUAUAGUUCCAGUUGAUUUGAUACCAUUACUAAUAUUAAUUUUUCUAAUAAGGAACGGAUUAAAAUGGCUUUGUGCUAGGAGAGUAUAACAAAAAUGAGCUACUUGCAAUAAAAAUAUAUCAUCAGCAAUUUUCUGAUAGACGACAACCAAAAAGAGAAACUUUUGAAAGUAUACUAAAACGGUUUCAACAGACUAGAUACUUAGAUUGUAAGAACGAUUGUACUAAUACGCAGAUCCUCAGUGACACUAAGGAUUACAUUUAAUUGCUGUUUUCUUCACUUACAAUAGUUUUUAUUCGAGUAGAUUUAUCAUAAUCUAAGUGAUCAGUCCGUUGAAACCGUUCUAGUAUAUUUUUAAACGUUUCUCUUCUUAGUUGUCGUCUAUCAGGGAAUUUCUGAUGAAAAAUUCUUAUUGCUAGUAGCACAUUUUUGUUAUAUUCCACUAGCACCAAAAUCAUAUUAUUCAGUUUCGCAUAAGAAAAUUUAGUAAUAUAUAUUAGUAAUGGUAACAAAGCUACUGGAUCUAUAAAAAUAGUAUAAUGUCAAAUUUUUAAGGAAAUUAAGGGCCGGUUGUUCGAACGCUAAUCAACAAUGAUCAUUAUCAAAUAUUUAAUUACUGUCACCAAAACUGUCAAUGUCAACUUUGUUUGGGUUGCUGAAAACAUAAUUAAUUACAAUUAUGAGAUUUAUUAUUAAUUAUGUUAAUAAUUAUUGUUAUAUUAAUUGAUUAUAGUCUCAGAAUUGUAAUUAAUUAUGUUUUUAAAAACCCAAACAAAGUUGACAUUGACAGUAAUUAAUUAUUUGAUAAUGAUCAUUGUAGAUUACCGUUCGAACAACCGGCCCUUAGUGUCAUAGCCGACUAGGUAGAAUAUUGUAUGUUUUUAUUAAUAUUUUGCGCACCAACAACCUUAACUACGAAUUUAUUUGGAUAUUCCAUGCAAUAGUAUUAAAUUAAGGAUCAGACUAGAUUAUGAUGUAUUUUCUUUUCCAAAAAUUAUUUUUGAUUAAAUAUUUUCACAGCCACCUAAUAAAAUUUCACGUAAUUUUUCUUACAAUUAAUAUUUGGCUUAAAGAAUCACGAAUAACUUACAAAUUAAAGCACUUAGGUAUAGGGAAUGCUUAAGAAAUAAAAAAGUACCAUAAAAUAUCAUUUCUAUACAAUACUUAAAUAUAGGGUGUUCCAUUUAAGAAAACUCAGAAAAUACUCAUUCCGAGUUUCGACCCACCCUGUAUACUAAAAUUACACAUUUUGCUAUACUGUUAAUGUUUAACAAUAGUAAGUAGACUAUAUUAAAAAUCGUUUGAACAUAAAAUAAAAAUUUGAUGUCAAAUCACUAAAAUUCUACAGGGUGUAGAUUUUGCUACGAAAUUAACAAAAAAACGUAAUUAACUUUUAAACUACCUCGUAUAAUAUUACAAAACCAUAUAUUUUAAGAAAUGAAACAUCGAGGAGAAUCCAAAAAUUUAAAAAUAUACAGGGUGUUCUAUUAAAAAAAACAUAAGUUUGUGUCACCUUGUCAAUACGGACGAUCCUGUUUAUUUGAAAAUAUUUUUAAAUUAUGGUACUAUGUGUGCCCCAACUUUUACCUAAAUACCUUUUUUUCGUAUCUCUUACGACAAACGAGUAAUUGGACUUUGUCACACUAAUGCCCCACUCUGUAUAAGCGAUUAAAAAUUGAAAAAUUGCGAAAUCGGCCAUUUUUAACCCUCAAAAACUAUGUAAAAACUGAAAAUUUGAAUGUUGCCAAGGUAGAUAGAUAUUCUUUAACAUCGAUUGAUGAAAUCCCGAAGAGUUUUUUGCAACACAAUAUUCAAAACUCCUUUGUUUUUUAAUUGCUUAUCAAGCGUGCGCGACACUAUUUUCCACCAUUGCAUGUGUAUGCAGUAUGGUGCAAAUGAAAGGAAUAAAUUCGUUAUUUCGUAAACCGGCGACUUUAAGGAAAAAUCCCGAAACAAGUCGAUUUUUAUUUUUAAGUUAUGAUAUUGUGACAUAUGUGGUAUACUAGUGACGUCAUCCAUCUGGGCGUGAUGACGUAAUCAAUGAUUUUUUUUAAUGAGAAUAGGGGUCGUGUGCUACCUCAUUUGAAAGGUUCUUGAAUUCUCAAUUCAGUAAUAUAAACAUUUACAUAAUUAGUUAUACAGGGUGUCCAAUAAUUUAAUUUUUGGCCAAUUUGCCAAAUGAUUUGAUUUAAUAAAAAUUUUUUGGACACCCUGUACAAAUAAUUAUGUUAAUGUUUACAUUACUGAAUAGAGAAUCGAAGAACCUUUCAAAUGAGCCAGCACACGACCCGUAUUCUCAUUCAAAAAAAUCAUCGAUUACGUCAUCACGCUCAGAUGGAUGACGUCACUAGUAUACUAUAUUAUGCCACAAUAUCAUAACUUAAAAAUAAAAACCGACCUGUUUUGGGAUUUUUCCUUAAAUUCACCGGUUUACGAAAUAACGAAUUUAUUCCUUUCAUUUGCACCAUACUGUAUACACAUGCAACGGUGGAAAAAAGUGUCGGGCACGCUUGAUUGGCAAUUAAAAAACAAAGGGGUUUUUGAUAUUGUAUUGCAAAAAACUCUUGGGAAUUUCGUCAAUCGAUCUUUAAAGAAUAUCUACCUAUCUUGGCAACAUUCAACUUUUCAGUUUUUCACAUAGUUUUUGAGGGUUAAAAAUGGCCGAUUUCGCAAUUUUUCAAUUUCUAAUCGUUAAAAACUAUCAACUAAUGUCAAAAACUAUCAUUUUUAGAGAAAAGUCACUAAAGACCUUUUCUGUUUAAAAUGAUCCAAAAAACCUAAAAAAAAUUUGUUCCAUGCAAAAAAAAUAAUUUUAGGGAAAAAACAAAAAAAAAACGUUUAAACAAAUUUUGACCAACUUUUGGUCCUGGCAACAUGCAAAUUUGUUAAAAGGGGUCUUUUUUGAGUAGGAUUGUGCAAAAAAUCCGAAUUAGAAUAUUUUUCCUAGCGGAUGCGCAGUGGCUUUCUGGACUAAGUAAUACAUAAUAUAAAAAUAUGAAAACAUCGACAUGGAAUUAAAACACAUACCUAACAUUGUAAUCGUUGUAUCUUCAGAAAUAAAAUAUUUUAUUAUU